AUGAAGAAAUACAUAUUAGCAAUUCCUUCAAAGAACACAGUAUUAGUUUCGAAAUCUAUAAUUUUUGGAGAAACUUCAACCCAUUCAGUAUAUAAACUUUUAAAGGGUUUUGGUAAUAUUAUCAUCAGAAUCAGUAGUCUUAAAAUUGAUCAAGAUAGUAUUGUUAUUGGUAUUCAGGACACAGAAUUAAACGCGUCUGAUAUGGAUUUUGAUGGUAUGCUUCUUGCUCUUGGAAUUGAUGAAACUGUAGAGCCAAAAGAUCAAAGCAGAUUUGAAGAUUUCCUCCAUACAUUGAAUCCUACUGGUUUGCCUCCUUAUAAGUUAGUUCUAAAGCAAAAUUGUCCAAUUAUAUUACUACGCAAUUUAAAUCCUUCUGAAGGUUUAGGCAAUGGUACACGCUUAAUUUGUUCUGAUUUCAAAACUCAUAUUAUUAGUGCUAAAAUUGCAAGUGGUGACUUUAAAGGUCAGACAAUAGAUUCUGUAGGAAUUUAUUUACGUGAACCUGUCUUUUCACACGGUCAACUUUAUGUUGCUUUAUCAAGAGCAAAAAGUUCAGGCCGUGUAAAAAUGUUAAUCCAACCCGCAACAGUAGAUGAUCCUGAUGACCAUUCUACCUACAAUAUAGUAUAUAAUGAAAUUAUCCAUAAAGCAUUCUCUUAG